ACGUGCCGGAGGUCUUGUGUCCCGGCCCGGCCCGGUCUGCCUCCUCUGGCUGGAAAGUAGCGGUUUCCACCGAGCAGGGCGGGACCGGGCCGAGCUCGAGCAGGCGGAGUGAAAGUGCACACGUGGACAGUAGACACCUGAGAGUGACGUGGACUGCAGCCAAUGACCGCACGCCCUGAUGACGCCAGCUCACCUCUGUAGUCCAAUGGGAGAGUUUAAUGCGGAGUAAAAAGCAUUAAGUGUUUAGAGUCGGAAAAAUUGGGAGAAAAAAAAGGUUGUGAAACGUUUUGGAGGCAGCUGGGGAUCAGACUGAGAGCAGACAGCUGAUGUUUACUGUCCUGAGCUGCAGCAGAGGAGACUUCUCUCUUCUUCAUUAAAAUAAGAUGAGAACAUGAGGAUGCUUUAAUUUGCCUGGCUGAAGGAACUUUUCAUCUCCAGAGACAAACAUACUUGGGUGUCGUGAGUCAUGGGAAGCUUCAAAGGCCACGCGCUCCCUGGAAGCUUCUUUCUGGUAGCUGGGAUCUGGUGGACAGUAAAGCACUCGCUGUGGCACGCCAGCCGCAGGAACAAGAAUAUAGGAUCCACUCGGCUGGCCAGCAGAGCGUCACAGCGCCGCCUGGAGAUCAUCGAAAGCUCUGUCAUACUCUUCUUCUCUUUUGUUGGGAUGCUGGCAGAGCAGUUCGCUGCAGGCGGACCCAAACUCCAGCUGUACGACUCUGCAGAGAAACACUGGGAGCAACUGAUGAACUGGCAGCACGCCACCAUGUAUCUGUUCUUUGGCCUGGCUGCGACUGUGUCUUUGAUCCUCCACACAACAGAGGCCGCUCCGCUGGCACUGGACAGGUUAAUGCUGUCCAUCGCUUUCUUUAAUGAAGGAUUUCUCUUCCUCUACCACCUCCAUGGCAGGAGCAUGUUGGACGUCCAUGUGCACCAGCUCCUGCUCUACGCAGUCUUCGGCCAGGCUCUGGUUGCCUUCCUGGAGGUCUUCCACCGAGGUAACAUCAUCCUGGAGCUGCUGCGCUGCACCCUCACGCUCCUGCAGGGGAGCUGGUUUUGGGAGAUUGGUUUUGUACUGUACCCUCCCCACGGCCCUGACUGGGACCUAAAGGACCACAACAACAUGAUGUUCAUCACCAUGUGUUACUCCUGGCACCUCGCCUUCGCCAUGCUCAUGGUGGGCACCAUCUAUUGCAUCGUCGGCUGUGUGGUUCGCUCCAGACUGAGGAAGACUCCUCCGAUGGAAAUGGGACUUCUGAAGCCCAGAGACAGAGAUCCGGAGUCAGAGGAUGAGAUUUUAUGAACAGGACAUUGUGACUUGAAUUUAACACAAUUAAAUCAGGGAUAUGAUGUUUGCAGUUCCAGCAGAAGUACAACUCGAAGCAAAGUGUGCAGACAAAAGAGGAACGAGGACACGGAUUCUGGAUGCUUUACUUUAGAAAUAUAUCUCUACCUCUGCCUUAUUUAAUCAGCUGUAACCCCUUUAGCCUUACUCUCAUUGUUCAGUGCUAUUUAUUUAACUGUGGCCUAACACUUUUCAUAUACUCCUGUCAUGUCAUAUCAUUUUUUUAUUAUUCAUUUGCACAUACAGUAUAAGUGAACACAUAAGGGUCAGCUUUUUUAUGGAUUGCAUGCUUUUCAUUUGACUUGACGAACUUCUCUUGUCAGACAUUUUGGUGUUCAGUGACGCCACCUUGUGGUGAAGACAAUCAUCAUCACCAGUACAUCAUAUAUUACUGUAAAACACAUUGAUUAUUUUAUAUGGCUUUUUUUGUUUUAUAAUGUUGAGUCACAUGUCAAAGUCAAACGCCAAAAAAAAAGAAUUUUAUUAAAAUGUUUAACUGUUUAGAUUUUGCUAUUUGACAUUAUUAUGGUGGUUAUUGCUGUUUGUGCAGGUCUUUUCUUGGGCAGAAUUCAUUCAACGUGGCCUAAUGUCUUAACCAGUGGUUCCCAACUCGCGGGUCACAGUCCUUUCUGAAUGGACCGUAAGUGACUCAUGAAUGUGUUAAAAAAAACACACUUUAUUUUGCCGCUUCCUCUGUAGAGUGAAUGACUGAUGGACAGCUACUUGACAGAUGGUGUUUCUGAAAGUCAAGGAAGGAUCCUUAAACGGCUGAAUUCCAAGAAUGCUACGUCAUCAAAUCCUGCUGAAGAACUGUUCCAACGUCAAGGAUCCUUUGAAUUCUAACAAGGACAGAGUCCUUCCUUCAGAGUAUUUCUCAAGGAUGCAUGUGUGUAUCCUCAAUGGGUAUAAAAUAUUAACAAUUGUUUGCGCACAAUUUGAUGGAGCUGAAGGCAGGCCUUGUCAAUGAUGCCCACCUGGGCAUGCACUAGCCUGUUCUAAUAAUGUUAAAUGAAUGCUAGGAAGGAGUGUUGCCUAGUCUUUGUAGCACCUGACUUGGAAGGACCCGUCCUACCAAGGAAGCUUCGUUGACUUUGGGAAGCACUGAGAGACAGCAAACUAGCUCGACGAUACAACGAAACGCAAGUAUAAGUGUAUUUAACUGUGUGGACCUUGAACUCAUGACUACGGAGAAAUCGGGGCCCUGUGGCCGAACCAGUUGGUUGGUCUAAACAGAAUCAAAAUAUGGUUUGUUGGCAAGUAGGUUUUCACAUACAAGUAUUGGUGCAUAAUAUAAAGAGAAAAUAAAAUUAAUAAAAGCAAGUAUUGCAAAAAUCAAGAGACAUAAAAACAGACUAACAGAAAAUCACGAUGGAAAUAUUUUAAAAUACUAUUUAAAAAGAAUAUAUAGGUCAAAUCAAAGAGAUGUAUGUUUUUUAAAAAGUGGUAGUUGUAUGCAAGAUAUGUACAAAAUAUUGUCCAAGGAAGGUCUAAAAGUUCAAAACAUGGAGCAUAAAAAUAAUUUAUGCCAUGUAUUGAGAUAAUUUGUCAGAGACAGUUUAUACUAACACUUUCCUAUUAUUUAAAAGUCAUAUUCUUUUGUGAGCCCCAUUAAAAAACA